UGGCGCGUCUUCAACAUCGUCCUUGAUAUUGCGAGGUGGCAGGUACGCCAGUUGACAGCAUAACUUACUUUGAAUAGACGUCGAUCGUCAUGGCGGACGCAACGGCGUCCUUUAAAGACGUCCCAGAGCUAUUCGAGGUUGAGCUUGGAGAAGCUUUAACAGCAAGGACCGAAAGCCUUGCAACAUUCCGCGAACUUGGCCCCCCAGACCUCUGUCAUAUUGUGAAGAGCACAGGACGUACUGGACAACGCGAUAUUGGCUCAUAUCAUUUUGUAUCCGGAGUGGAUGCGUCCUCUUCAGCAUCCCUCGCCGCGUACAUUAAUUCUCUCACAUACUCCAUCGAGGACAAUUCUGCUUGGUUUUCGAAGAGUACAGCAUGGAAAGUCAGGAAUGGCUGUUAUUGCUGCUUCAACGCGUUCUCUCGCGUCGAUAUCCGUGUAGAUGUGAAGAUCCCAGGAGGUGUCGUUGCCUAUGUUGUAGAUCUUCGUGGCGAGCGACACGAAGCGACUCCAGAAAUAUGGCAGGAAACAUACCUCUCUGCGCUGCUUCGGGCUAUCCUCUACUCCGACGACCCGACUUACUGGUUGGAAGCUUACCGCAAGCUCGAUCCUAUCACUACAAUUGAAGGCGAACUCCGAUUUUUGCAGGCGGCUGAGGCCUUAUUUAUGAAGGGAUGGCAGGUCGGAUCAGAUCCCGAGAUACAGGUUGCUACUGUGGUUUCUAACCACUUGACUGCGGGUGUAAUGAAGUACUUCGGCGACAGUGGUCGCUGUCAGCCAGCAGCUAACUUAUUUGAGAAACUGGCUGCACGAGAGCCGGAGAUUGCCUCGCUCCUGGCAAGAAGUUACAUUGGAAUGAAUGAGGAAGUAAAGGCAGUUCAGAUCAUCUCUGCCGCCAUGAAGCAUACUCCACACUCUUACACCCUUCUUCACGUGCAGAGUGAUUUCCUUCGGUCUAAGGGCAGGCCGGACUGGGCAUUAAAACUUGCGAGAGAGGCUGUUAACUGUGCACCGAGUGAAUUUGUUACUUGGGAGAAGCUCACUGAGCUAUACAUUGAUACAAAAGACUACGAAUCGGCACUUUUAACGCUGAACUCAUGUCCAAUGUUCACUUUCAAUGGACGUGAUGCUCACCGUGCUCUUGUACCUGCAAAGGUUCACUUGCCUUUCCAGCGCCAGAUUGGCGACAUCCUCCCCGAAAAAACGAAAAGUGAUGACGAUGUGGCCGAUCCUGCCCUCCUUCGCCUUCCUGCGCCUGGUCUUCGUGGAACGUGGGCGAGGGCCUAUUCCUUGCUUACACGUCUUGUUGCUGAUAUAGGCUGGGACGAGUUGCUGAAGACGCGGAGUGUGGUGUUUGUUAUGGAAGAAGAGUACCGGAUGCAGAAGGCCCAGGCAGACAUCCAAAAAGUGGUGACCAGCAACGGUGCACGAGAUGUGAACAAAAACGUCACAGUGAUCCACGAGGAUGGCUCUAUGACCGCGGGGAGUGCAACGCUCGCAGACGAUGACGCGUCAACACGAGGGAUGUCCAGCCCCCUCUCGGAAUCAGAGAGCAAGCCCGAACUUGAGAAUGGGCUGAAUGUUUCCGCCAUCCCGAUCAUCCGUGUGUCCUCAGAAUCUGACACAGAACGCGAAAUUGCAGAGUCCACUCGUAAUGGCAUUGCGGAACAGGACGAGGCAACAGAGUCAGCGAGCGUGCAAGGCAUGACACUCGAGAAGCCGGUGCAGGCUGCCGGGGAGGAGCCUGAGCCAUCGCAGCUGUCAAACUCCAGUCAGGAGACGUUCUCAUUCACAAACAAGCGCCUGUGUGAGCGGUGGCUAGAUAACCUGUUUAUGGUCCUUUACGAGGACUUGCGGGUGUGGACUAUCUUCCGAGCAGAAGUCGCACAUUUCAAAACACAGCACGUUGCAUACCGGAAAACUGGCCUAGAAUGGGAGAUCCUCGGAGACCUAGGCAUACGCUUACACCACAAAGAGGAGGCUAAAGAGGCUUAUCAGCGAUGCCUAGACACUUCGCGUUACUCCCAAAAGCCAUGGGCGAAACUUUUAGAAAUGUAUGCCGAAGAAGGAGACAUCACGCGCACAAUUCAGGCUGCGAUACGAGUAGCAGCAUACCAAUAUGCUGAUUAUACGGAGAUGACCUAUCCAACGCUGAUUGCGCGGUGCUUCUUCAAGUUGGGCCAGAUUCAUGGUCAUGCCAAGAUCUCGUUUACUCUUCUGAGCAUGGGUUUACCCGACCCGAUCCUGAAAAUCAUGGAUAGCUACCUUCAAUAUGGAAAGACGUUUAAGGUGGAGGGAUAUGACUUUUAAUCACUAGUAUUCUUGUUCUUUGUCCAUACCGUUUUGAUACCUCCAUUGUGAUUCAUGUGAAUGCUUCGCUUCGCUUAAGAUUAAUUUUAAUGAUGUGAAGGCGAAAAAUGGCGUUCCACAAUGCACCAGGUUCAUG